AUGCAAGCACGCCGCAAGCCCCACAAGGUUAAGCAGGCCUGCGACGCCUGCCACGGGCGCAAGGUCCGCUGCGACGGGGCCCGACCCUGCGCCGGCUGCGAGGGCCUCUCCCUCGCGUGCACCUACCUCGCCGUCCCGAAGAAGACGGGACCCAAGAACGGCCGCCGCGUCGCGCGCACGCAGGCGGUUCUGCGGUCGGCGACGGAGCGGCGCCCGUAUGCGGUGCCGGUGCCGCUGAGAGGAAGCGCGGCCGAGGUCGGCGCAGAGCUUUCGAGCAAUGGCCGUGAUGUCGCGUCGACGCCUUCGCCUCCGAGGUCGGAUCAUCGCGGGUCGACGUUUCGACCUUCGAGGGAGGUAUCGCGGGGUGUCAUGAAGAGGUGCAUGGAUGCCUUCUUCACGCACAAGUACCCCAUAACUCCGAUCUUGGAUCGGAGACGCAUCGAGGAGGCGCUGGCGCGGCCGACUCUCGGAGCCGACGAGUACGCCCUCAUCAUGGCCUGUUGCGCCGUCAUCGUCCUUUCACCGGAAAUCAUUGUGCUAAGCGUGGCUGAACUGCCUUGGUCAUCGCCCUCGCCGACUUCAUCAACGUCAUCAACUUCGACGACCUCGCCCCCGUCAGACGCUGGCGAUGCGGCACCGACAGCUCUGCCAAGCGCAGACCACUUCCUCGCCGAGGUAUCCCGAGCACGUCUGUCCUGCAACCACGUGACAAACCCGUCCCUCAUAGACGUCCAGACGUCGUUCUUCCUCUUUGCUGCCCAUUUCUGCAUGGGCAGAGGUAACCCUGCGUGGUUUCACCUCCGGGAGGCCAUGACGAUUCUCCAGGUGCUGCGCCUUCAUGAGGAGUCCACGUAUGAGACCAUGACAGAUCCAUUGCUCGCCAUAUUUGCGAGGAGAGUCUUCUGGGUGCUUUUUGUCACGGAGCGAGCAUAUGCGCUCCAACGCCAUCGGCCACUCACCCUCCAAAACACCAUCGCCCUGCCGGCCCUCGACGACGGCCCAGACUGUCAGAUACUGCCCGGCCUACUCGACCUCAUCGCCUUGUUUCAAAACUUCGACAGCGAUUUUGUUUCGAUAUGGAACCUGUCAGGGACUGUUGCGGCGGCAUCGCCCUCCUAUCUUGCGCGCCUGCAGCGAGUCCUGGCUUUUGCCCUGCCGCGUGUGGCCGACCGCGCGUCAAUGCAGCAGGCCGACCUCCUCAUUUCGCAACAGUGGCUCAAGGUCAUUGUCUGGCAGCUCUGUGUUACCAAGACGCUUCUGUCCAAUUCCUCCUCCGAAGACAGCAUGUCGCUGUGCUAUCCGGUCACAAUCGCACGCGACCUUGUCGGAAUCGCCCACAAGCUGCCUUCUCAGGCGUUAGAGGCCAAUGGUGUCGGAAUCCUGGAGAAGGUCUUCGACAUUGCCUGCUCCCUCGCGGACGUCAUAGCUCUUCGACCGGCUCUCAUCGCUGCGGGCGGAGGCAUGGAGAUCGGACCAGUGGACCACUUGCUGGAGCUGGUCAGGAUCGUGGGCACUGUGCUUGGUGGCAGCUCGAGACACCUGCGUCUGCUGAACGAGAAGGUGAGGGAAUGCUUCCAUACGGGAAUUCCGCCCGAUGAGAGAGUAUUGGCAUUGGAAAAUGCAGAGACGGAGAGACGAGUCUAUGAAGAGGUCUCGCAACGCUCUGUACCUGAGACUUGA